AUGGCCGGACUCGACGUGGACAGGAAAAUACAGAGUCAAGAACGAGCCGAGGUCAAGGGAACAGAGAGACAGCGGUCAAGUGUCAAUGGAGAGCCAAUUAUAUCAUCAUUUUUGGAAACCGUAAAAGACAUUCUAUUUCCAAGUGAUAAAGAAAUUCCUAUAAAUCCAAGCACCACCAGUAAACCAACACAGACUUCCGACAACAUUCAGCCUACGUUCACUACAGAGACAAACAGUCAAGCAGUAUCAACUACUAACAAAGUAACUUCUUUAAGUAAAGAAAUCACAGUCCAACCAUCAUCGUUCAUAACCAAUUUUCAAUCAUCAGAGAUCAGAAACAAUUUGGCUUCCACAACACACAAAGAUGGAUUAAAUAAGACAUCAUUAUCCAGUACUACAAAUUCUUCUAUCAUUUGGCUCACAAGCCACACAAGUAAUACAGUCACUUCACCAUCUAUGGAGACCACAAAUGUGAAAAAACUAAAAACUACAAAAGGUAAUCAUUUAUUUACACGGAUAACCAACAAAUCCACAGCAGACAGUUAUCAAAAUAAGUCUAUUGGUAACAUGGUGGCCUCUGCUGAACCUGGGAUAGCUAACCAAUUAAAAGCAAACAACAGUAACCUUGUGAGGAAAGUCACCCCUGGCACUGCAAGGCGCAAAACAACCUGCUCAAGAAAAUCACAAACCCAUCAUAGUACAAAAACCAGCAUAAAAACUACCAGCUACCCAUUGACAUCUUCUAUUAAUCGCUCAUCUCACGGUACGCGUAUGACACUAUCCAGUACAGAACACAAUAGCCAAACCAAAACUACUAGCAAAAAAGUGACACCUGCUGGUACUGAGGAAACCAACCAUACAAUAUCAAAAACCAGCACACAAACCAAGACAGGAAGUACAUCUACAAUUAACACAGUGACCUCAGUGACUAGUGGCUCAAACAGUAAAACAAUAUCAACCCUCCUCAGUAAAGAGACAAGUAACCAAAGUAAAAUAUUUACCAUAAAAACAAUGAAUACUGAUGGUACUAAGCUAACCAGUAACCCUGCAUCAAAUAUCAUUAGCCUUGUAGCAUUUACUAAAACUGAUGCCAUUGAGCCAACCAGUGAAAUAGCAUCCAACACCAAAAACCCAACCACUUUUACUAAUCCAGAGACCAGUAUCCAAGUGGAAAUAUCCACCAUGAACAUUACUCAUCUUAGUACUGAGCUAACUAGUCAACCUACAUCCAAUUCCAUCAGCCUUGCAACAUCUCUCAGCACCGAGAGCCAAAAUCCAAUGGAAUCAAUGAGUGACAAAGUGACCCAAACUGUUACUGUUUCAACCAGUCAACUAGUAUCAAACGCCAGGAACCAUGCGACUUCUCCUAAUUCUGAGACUACUAACCAAUCUGAAAUAGCCACCAUUACUCAUCUUUUUACUGAGCUAACUACUCAACCUGCAUCCAAUUCCAUCAGUCUUGUAACUUCUCCUAUCACCGAGAGUCAAAGCCCAAAGGAAUCACCUGGUAACAUAGUAACUCACAUUGAUAUUGGGACAUCCAGUCAACUAGUAUCAAAUACUGAAAACCCUGUGAUUUCUCCUAAUGCCAAGACAACUAACCAUCCUGAAAUUACAUCCAAUUCUAUCAGCCUUGUAACUUCACCUAUAACUGAGAGUCAAAACCCAGUGGAAUCAACUAGUAACACAGUGACACAAACUGACACUGUGUCAACCAGUCAACUCGUAUCAAACACCAAGAACCAUGUGACUUUUUCUUAUCCCAAGACCACUAACAAACCAGAAAUAUCCACCACCACUGAUCUUGGUACUGAGCUAACUACUCAACCUGCAUCCAAUUCCAUCAGUCUUGUAACUUCUCCUAUCACCGAGAGUCAAAGCCCAAAGGAAUCACCUGGUAACAUAGUAAGCCACAUUGAUAUUGUGACAUCCAGUCAACUAGUAUCAAAUACUGAAAACCCUGUGAUCUCUCCUAAUGCCGAGACGACUAACCAUCCUGAAAUUACAUCCAAUUCUAUCAGUCUUGUAACUUCACCUAUAACUGAGAGGCAAAACUCAGUGGAAUCAACUAGUAACACAGUGACACAAACUGAUACUGUGUCAACCAGUCAACUCGUAUCAAACACCAAGAACCAUGUGACUUAUUCUUAUCCCAAGACCACUAACAAACCAGAAAUAUCCACCACCACUGAUCUUGGUACUGAGCUAACUACUCAACCGGCAUCCAAUUCCAUCAGUCUUGUAACUUCUUCUAUCACCGAGAGUCAAAGCCCAAAGGAAUCACCUGGUAACAAAGUAACCCAUAUUGAUAUUGGGACAUCCAGUCAACUAGUAUCAAAUACUGAAAACCCUGUGAUUUCUCCUAAUGCCGAGACGACUAACCAUCCUGAAAUUACAUCCAAUUCAAUCAGUCUUGUAACUUCACUUAUAACUGAGAGUCAAAACCCAGUGGAAUCAACUAGUAACACAGUAACACAAACUGAUACUGUGUCAACCAGUCAACUAGUAUCAAACACCAGGAACCAUGUGACUUAUUCUUAUCCCAAGACCACUAACAAACCAGAAAUAUCCACCACCACUGAUCUUGGUACUGAGCUAACUACUCAACCUGCAUCCAAUUCCAUAAGUCUUAUAACUUCUUCUAUCACCGAGAGUCAAAGCCCAAAGGAAUCACCUGGUAACAAAGUAACCCAUAUUGAUAUUGGGACAUCCAGUCAACUAGUAUCAAAUACUGAAAACCCUGUGAUUUCUCCUAAUGCCGAGACGUCUAACCAUCCUGAAAUUACAUCCAAUUCUAUCAGUCUUGUAACUUCACUUAUAACUGAGAGUCAAAACCCAGUGGAAUCAACUAGUAACACAGUGACACAAACUGAUACUGUGUCAACCAGUCAACUAGUAUCAAACACCAGGAACCAUGUGACUUAUUCUUAUCCCAAGACCACUAACAAACCAGAAAUAUCCACCACCACUGAUCUUGGUACUGAGCUAACUACUCAACCUGCAUCCAAUUCCAUCAGUCUUGUAACUUCUCCUAUCACCGAGAGUCAAAGCCCAAAGGAAUCACCUGGUAACAUAGUAAGCCACAUUGAUAUUGUGACAUCCAGUCAACUAGUAUCAAAUACUGAAAACCCUGUGAUUUCUCCUAAUGCCGAGACGACUAACCAUCCUGAAAUUACAUCCAAUUCUAUCAGUCUUGUAACUUCACCUAUAACUGAGAGGCAAAACUCAGUGGAAUCAACUAGUAACACAGUGACACAAACUGAUACUGUGUCAACCAGUCAACCCGUAUCAAACACCAAGAACCAUGUGACUUAUUCUUAUCCCAAGACCACUAACAAACCAGAAAUAUCCACCACCACUGAUCUUGGUACUGAGCUAACUACUCAACCUGCAUCCAAUUCCAUCAGUCUUGUAACUUCUUCUAUCACCGAGAGUCAAAGCCCAAAGGAAUCACCUGGUAACAAAGUAACCCAUAUUGAUAUUGGGACAUCCAGUCAACUAGUAUCAAAUACUGAAAACCCUGUGAUUUCUCCUAAUGCCGAGACGACUAGCCAUCCUGAAAUUACAUCCAAUUCAAUCAGUCUUGUAACUUCACUUAUAACUGAGAGUCAAAACCCAGUGGAAUCAACUAGUAACACAGUAACACAAACUGAUACUGUGUCAACCAGUCCACUAGUAUCAAACACCAGGAACCAUGUGACUUAUUCUUAUCCCAAGACCACUAACAAACCAGAAAUAUCCACCACCACUGAUCUUGGUACUGAGCUAACUACUCAACCUGCAUCCAAUUCCAUCAGUCUUGUAACUUCUCCUAUCACCGAGAGUCAAAGCCCAAAGGAAUCACCUGGUAACAUAGUAAGCCACAUUGAUAUUGUGACAUCCAGUCAACUAGUAUCAAAUACUGAAAACCCUGUGAUUUCUCCUAAUGCCAAGACAACUAACCAUCCUGAAAUUACAUCCAAUUCUAUCAGCCUUGUAACUUCACCUAUAACUGAGAGUCAAAACCCAGUGGAAUCAACUAGUAACACAGUGACACAAACUGACACUGUGUCAACCAGUCAACUCGUAUCAAACACCAAGAACCAUGUGACUUAUUCUUAUCCCAAGACCACUAACAAACCAGAAAUAUCCACCACCACUGAUCUUGGUACUGAGCUAACUACUCAACCUGCAUCCAAUUCCAUAAGUCUUAUAACUUCUUCUAUCACCGAGAGUCAAAGCCCAAAGGAAUCACCUGGUAACAAAGUAACCCAUAUUGAUAUUGGGACAUCCAGUCAACUAGUAUCAAAUACUGAAAACCCUGUGAUUUCUCCUAAUGCCGAGACGACUAACCAUCCUGAAAUUACAUCCAAUUCUAUCAGUCUUGUAACUUCACUUAUAACUGAGAGUCAAAACCCAGUGGAAUCAACUAGUAACACAGUGACACAAACUGAUACUGUGUCAACCAGUCAGCUAGUAUCAAACACCAGGAAAUCUGUGACUUCUCCUAAUGCCGAGACCACUAACAAACCAGAAUUAGCCACUAUUACUCAUUUUGGUACUGAGCUAAAUAGUCAACCUGCAUCCAAUUCCAUUAGUCUUGUAACUUCUCCUAGCACCGAGAGUCAAAGCCCAAAGGAAUCAAUUGGUAACACAGUAACCCACAUUGAUACUGUGUCAUCCAGUCAACUAGUAUCAAACAAUGGAAAACGUGUGACUUCUCCUAAUGCCGAGACCACUAACCAGCUUGAGAUAUUCACCAUUACUCACCUUGGUACUGAGCUGAGUAGUCUAACUGCAUCAAAUUCCAUCAGCCUUUUAACUUCUACUAGCACUGAGAGCCAAAACCCAAUUAAAUCAACUAGUAGCAUAGUGACCCAAUCUGUGCCAACCAGUCAGCUAGUAUCAAACACCAGAAACCAUGUGACUUCUCUUAAUGCUGAGAACACUAACAAACCAGAUAUAUCCACCACCACAGAUCUUGGUACUGAGAUAACUAGUCAACCUGCAUCUAAUUCCAUCAAUCGUGUAACUUUUCCUAGCACUGAAAAUCAAAGCCCAAAGGAAUCAUCUGGGAACACAGUGACCCACAUUGAUACUGUGUCAACCAGUCAGCUAGUAUCAAACACCAGGAAAUCUGUGACUUCUCCUAAUGCCGAGACCACUAACCAAGCUGAAAUUUCCACCAUAACUCAUCGUGGUACUGAGCUAUCUCCUCAACCGGCAUCCAAUUCCAUCAGUCUUAUAAGUUCUCAUAGCACCGAGAGUCAAAGCCCAAAGGAAUCACCUGGUAACAUAGUAAGCCACAUUGAUAUUGUGACAUCCAGUCAACGAGUAUCAAACACUGGAAACCCUGUGACUUCUCCUAAUGCCGAGACCACUAACCAUCCUGAAAGUACAUCCAAUUCUAUCAGGCUUGUAACUUCAGCUAGAACUGAGAGUCAAAACCCAGUGAAAUCAACUAGUAAUAUAGUGAUGACAACUGAUACUGUGUCAACCAGUCAACUAGUAUCAAACACCAGGAACCAUGUGACUUUUCCUAAUGCCAAGACCACUAACCUACCUGAAAUAUCCACCAUUACUAAUCUUGUUACUAAGCCAUCUAGUCAACCUGCAUCCAAUUCCAUCAGCCAUGUAACUUCUCCUAGCACUGAGAGCAAAAAGCCAAUUGAAUCAACUAGUAACACAGCGACCAAAACUGAUACUGUGUCAACCAUUCAACUAGUUUCAAACACCAGGAACCAUGUGACUUCUCUUAAUACUGAUACUAGUCAUAAACCAGAACUAUCCACCACCACUGAUCUUGGUACUGAACUAACUAGUCAACCUUUAUUCAAUUCCAUUAGUCUUGUAACUUCUCCUAGCACCGAGAGCCGAAACCCAAUGGAAUUAACUAGUAACACAGUGACACAAACUGAUACUGUUUCAGCCAGUCAACUAGUAUCAAACACCAGGAAAUAUGUGACUUCUCCUAGUGCCAAGACCACUAACCAACCAGAAAUAGCCUCUAUGACUAAUUUUGGUACUGAGCUAACUAGUCAACCUGCAUCCAAUUCCAUUAGUCUUGUAACUUCUCCUAGCACCGAGAGUCAAAGCCCCAAGGAAUCAAUUGGUAACACAGUAACCCACUUUGAUACUGUGUCAACCAGUCAACUAGUAUCAAACAAUGGAAAACCUGUGACUUCUCUUAAUGCUGAGACCACUAACAAACCAGAAAUAUACACCGCUCCUCUUGUUACUGAGCUAACUAGUCAACCUGCAUCCAACUCCAUCAAUCUUGUAACUUAUCCUAGUACUGAGAAUCAAAGUCCAAAAGAAUCAACUGGUAACACAGUAACCAACACUGAUACUGUGUCACCCAGUCAACUAGUAUCAAACACCUGGAAACUUGUGACUUCUCUUAAUGCUGAGACCACUAACCAACUUGAAAUAUUCACCAUUACUCAUCUUGGUACUGAGCUAACUAAUCAACCUGCAUCCAAUUAUAUCACUGUUGUAACUUCUCCUAACACCGAAAGCCAAAGCACAAAGGAAUUAAAUGAUAACACAUUUACCCACACUGAUACUGUGUCAAACAGUCAACUAGUAUCAACCAGCAGUGACCAUGUGAGUUCUCCUAAUGCUGAGACCACUAACCUACCUGAAAUAACCACCAUUACUAAUCUUGUUACUAAGCCAUCUAGUCAACCUGCAUCCCAUUCCAUAAGCCAUGUAACUUUUUUUACCACAGAAAAUCAAAGCCCAAAAGAAUUAACUAGCAACACAAUGACCCACGUUGAUACUGUGUCAACCAGUCAACUAGUACCAAACAUCAGGACCCAUGUGACUUCACUUAAUGCUGAGACCACUAGCAACCCAGAAAUAUAUACCACCACUGAUCUUCGUACUGAGCUAACUAGUCAACCUACAUCCAAUUCCAUCAAUCUUGUAACUUCUCCUAGCACUAAGACUCAAAGCCCAAAUGAAUCAACUGGGAACACAGUGACCCACAUUGAUACUGUGUCACCCAGUCAACUAGUAUCAAACACCAGGAAACCUGGGACUUCUAACCAACUUGAAAUAUCCACCAUUACUCAUUUUGAUACUGUACUAACUAAUCAACCUGCAUCCAAGUCCAUUAGCCUUGUAACAUCUCCUAGCACUGAGAGUCAAACCCCAAUGGAAUUAACUAGUAACACAGUGACCCAAACUGAUACUGUGUCAGCCAGUCAACUAGUAUCAAACACCAGGAAAUCUGGGAAUUUUCCUAAUGCUGAGACAACUAACCAACCAGAAAUAGCCUCCAUUACUCAUUUUGGUACUGAGCUAACUAAUGAACCUGCAUCCAAUCCCAUUAAUCUUGUAACUUCUCCUAGCACCAAGAGUAAAAGCCCAAAGGAAUCAAUUGGUAACACAGUGACCCACAUUGAUACUGUGUCAUCCAGUCAACUAGUAUCAAACAAUGGAAAAACUGUGACUUCUCCUAAUGCUGAGACCACUAACGAACUUGAAAUAUUCACCAUUACUCAUCUUGUUACUGAGCUAACUAAUCAACCUGCAUCGAACUAUGCUGUAAGUUCUCCUAUCACCGAAAGCCAAAGCACAAAAGAAUUAAAUGGUAACACACUUACCCACACUGAUAUUGUGUCAACAAGUCAACUAGUAUCAACCCCCAGGGACCAUGUGAGUUCUCCUAAUGCUGAGACCACUAACUUACCUGAAAUAUCCACCAUUACUCAUCUUGUUACUAAGCUAGCUAGUCAAACUGCAUCCAAUUCCACAAGCCAUGUAACUUAUAUUACCACUAAAAGUCAAAGCCCAAAAGAAUUAACUAGUAGCACAAUGACCCACAUUGAUAAAGGGUCAACCAGUCAACUAGUAUCAAACACCAGGAAGCCUGUAACUAUAUCUAAUGCAAUGACUAGUAACCAAACUGAAAUAUCAACCAUGGACAUUACUCACCUUGGUACUGAGUUAAUCAGUCAACCAGCCUUCAAUACCAAGAGCCUCAAAACUCUUCCUAAUACAGAGAGGCAAAACCCAAUGGAAUCAACAGGUAACACAGUGACCCACACCGAUACUGUGUCAACCAGUCAACUAGUAUCAAACACUAGGAACCCUGUAACUUCUUCAGAUGCCAAGACCUCUAACCAACAUGAAAUUUCCACCAUUACUCAUUAUGGUACUGAGCUAUCUAGUCAACCUGCAUCCAAUUCCAUCAGCCUUGUAACUGUUCCUAGCAAUGAUAGCCAAAGCACAAACAAAACAACUGGUAACCCAGUAACCCACACUGAUACUGUGUCACCCAGUCAACUUGUAUCAAUCACACAGAACCCUGUGACUUCACCUAAUGCAGAGAAUACUAACCAACCUGAAAUAUCCAUCAUGAACAUCACUCAUCUGAGUACUAAGCUAACUAAUCAACCUGCAUCCAAUUUAAUCAGCCUUGUGACUUCUCCUAGCACUAAGAGCCAAAGCCUAAAUUUAUCAACUGGUAACACAGUAACCCGCACUGAUACUAUGUCAACCAGUCAACUAGUAUCAAACACCUGGAAACCUUUAACUUUUUCUAGUGCCAAGACCACUAACCAGCCUGAAAUAUCCACCAUUACUUAUCUUGGUACUGAACUAACUAGUCAACCUGUAUUCACUUCCACUAGCCUUGUAACUUCUCCUAGCACCCAAAGCCAAAGUCCAAAUGAAUCAACUAGUAACACAAUGACCCACAUUGAUACUGUGUCAACCAGUAAACUAGUAUCAAACACCAGGAACCAUGUGACUUCAUCUAAUGUAAAGACCAGUAACCAAAUUGGAAUAUUAACCACAAACACCACUCAUCUUGGCACUGAGCUAACCAGUCAGCCUGCAUCUAAUACCAUGAGCCUCGAAACUCUUCCUAAUACAGAGAGGCAAAACCCAAUGGAAUCAACUAGUAACACAGUGACCCACCCUGCUACUGUGUCAACUAGUCAGCUUGUAUCAAUUACUGUGAAUCCUGUGACUUCUUCUAAUGCAGAGACCACUAACCAACCUGAAAUAUCCUCCAUGAACAUUACUCAUCUGGGUACUGAGCAAACUAGUAAACCUGUAUCCAAUUCCAUCAACUUUGUAACUUCACCUAGCACUGUAAGUCAAAGCCUAAAGGAAUCACCUGGUAACACUGUAACCCACACUGAUACUGUGUCAAUCAGUCAACUAGUACCAAACACUAGGAGCCCUGUGACUUCAUCCUAUGGAAAGACACGUAACCAAAAAUCAUACACCAGUAACCUUACCACCCUUCAUAGUAGAGAUUCUGAAUCUACCAUAAACACAAUAAACUCAAGCAGUACAAAGGUAACAAGCAUCAUGAACCCUACAACGUUUCACACAAGCAGCCAAAAGAAUUUAACCAGAAGCACAGUGACACCUGUUGAUAUUAGUCAAACUGAAUUAUCUGCCAUAAUCACAAUAAUCCCUGCUAGCAUUCAAUCCAUCAGUCAAUCUGUAUCAAAUACCAGUAGCUAUGUAACUAUCACUACAAGAGAUACAAAUACCCUGCAAGAAUCAACUAGUAGAAGAAUACCUCCUACUGGUACUGGGACAACAAGUCAACAAUUAACAAACAAUACUUUUCCAGUGACAUUUCCCAGUACGGUAACAAACACCCAAAAUGAGCAUUCCAGCAAGGCUUCUGUUGCAAUUGGAUCAACCAGACAACCAGAAGCAAAAACCAGUAACCUUGUAACUCAUUCCAUUACAGAAACCAAUAGCCAAACAGAGUUAACCAGCAACACAGUGACUUCCUCCAUUACCAGGACACCCAAACAAAUGAUCUCAGAUACCAGUAAUCACAUGGGAUUUGCCAGCAUAAGUUCAAAUAGCCAAACUGAUUCUACCAGCAUUUUUGGGACCUUCACUUCUAGACCAACUAGCCCUUUAACUAUUUUCAGCACAGGUAUCAGUAGCCAAACUGAAUUAUCUACCAAAAGCACAAUAACCCUUGCAGGUACUAAACUGGCUAGUCAACCUGUAUCAAAUACAAAUAGCACUGUAACACUUCCUAAACCAGAGACAAAUAUCCCAAGAGUAUUAACCACGAACACAGUGCCCCCCAGUGUUGGACCAACAAGUCAGCAAGUACCAAGCAUUACUUUUACAGUAGCAUUAUCCAGUAUGGUAACAAGUAGUCAGAAUACACCUACUAGCAAGACCUCUGUUGCAACAGGGUCAACCAGAAAACCAGAACCAAAAACCAGUAACCUUGUAAUGCAUUCCAGUACAAAAAUCAACAGCCAAACAGAGCUAACCAGCAGCACCAACACCAUUUUAAGGACAAGCAGCAUAAGGAGUAGCAGCCAAACUGAAUAUACCAGGAAUAGUGGGACCUCUGUAUCAGGCAGUGCCAGUACACUUGUUCCAUGGGAAAUCAUUGUCAUUGCCUUAGCAGUAAGCAUUGGAACUUUCCUCAUUGUUGGCGGGAUCUUCGCAGUUAUAUUUUGUAUGAGACGGCGACGUUUCACUCAAUACGAUGUUGCUGGAGCAUUUAUCUGA